AUGGGCAGUAUAGAGAAGGGCCCAAGCCUGCUCAGAGUUGCCAUUGUCGGGACGGGGAUAGCGGGACUCACCGCGGCAAUCGCUCUUCGGAAACAUCCCAAAAUCAGUGUCGAGCUGUACGAAAAGGCCACUGAGUUGAAGGAGAUUGGAGCCAGUAUCACUCUCGGACCCAACGGUCUGAGAACAUUGCAAAGACUCGGCCUGGAAGACUGCAUCAGUGACCAGGUGGGAUACCGUGGACCCAACCCCGUUUCCAGGUUCUACCGCCACUGGAAGACAAACGAGAUCAUCGGCGAGGACUUUUAUGAAAACGUCUCGGAGCCUCUGCAUUAUACCGCGAGGUUCCAUCGCGGCCAUCUCCAGCAAGCUCUACUCAAGCACGUCCCCCGCGAUACCAUACACUUGAAGAAGAAGAUAGUGUCUGCCACGGUCGAUCCGCAAGAUCAUGUGAAGUUGGAGUUCCAAGACGGCACCACUGCAACGGCCGACAUACUGAUUGGAGCUGAUGGCAUCCGUUCAGGUGUCAGGACCGCUUUCGCUCCAGACUUCGAGCUGGAAUGGAGUGGGCAUACCGCCUUCCGCGGUAUCUUCGACGCCUCUCUCGUUGAGCCGAUUGAAGGGGUACCGCUGGACUCAACUCACUGGUGGGGACCAGACACGAACUUCUUCGCCACACGACUAGCCCGGGACCUGUUCACCGUCCAAGGCGGAAUCUACGCGGAUCCCGCCGACCCGGUCGCGAUCGCGAAGUUCAGAGACGGAGCACCGUGGGACCAAGAAGCGAACGUGAAGCUCCUCAAGGAGAAGUACGCGGACUGGAAUCCAAUCGUCAAGGCUCUCGCGGACGUAACGCCCGACAUCCGCUACUACCCCAACUACUUCAGCGGCUCCUCGCUCCCGACCUGGGUCUUCGGCAACGGCAGGGUCACGCUGAUCGGCGACGCGGCGCACGCCCACGGGGGGGCUUUCGCAACCGGGGGCUCGCUCGCCAUCGACGAUGCCUACGCCCUCUACCGAUCCAUCACGUCCGUCUUCCCCCCUGCGGCGACCGAGGGGCCCUCGCCGGGCGAGAUCCGGCGCGCGCUGGAGCUGUACGAGGCGACGAGGAGGCCGCACGCGGUGCGCCUGCUGCAGGUCGUGCACGCCAACAACGAGAUGAAGACGAGGAAGAUUAGGGCCGAGACGCGGGAGACGGAUGGGGAGUUGAGGGCCAGGGCCAAGAGGGGCUCGGGCACGACUUGGCUGCAUGAGCAUGACGUUGUGCGAGCUUUCGAGGAGGUGCUCGCUAAGGAUUCGAUGAAGAGGCCGAGAGGCGUGGUAGAGUAG